UUCGUUUGACAUUGCUGCUUGAUUCAUAGAUAUUCUUGUUUCUAACCUAUUAUUUAUACUAUUUACAUUAGUUUUAUGCUUUUUAAACAAAUGUCUGAACUAGACGAAUGGAUAGAAAUAGCAAGGGAUUGCAAAUAUCUUCCCGAAAACGACCUAAAAAAGCUGUGCGAUAUCGUUGCUGAAUUAUUACUAGAAGAAUCUAAUGUGCAACCUGUCUCCACUCCUGUUACCGUUUGUGGUGAUAUUCAUGGGCAGUUUUAUGACCUAGAAGAGUUAUUUCGUCAAGGGGGCCAAGUGCCAGAUACCAACUACAUAUUCCUAGGAGACUUUGUCGAUAGGGGCUACUACAGUUUAGAAACGUUCACAAGAUUACUAACGCUGAAAGCUAAAUAUCCAAACAAAAUAACGCUUUUAAGAGGCAACCAUGAAAGCAGGCAAAUUACCCAAGUUUAUGGCUUUUACGAUGAAUGUUUGAGCAAGUAUGGGAAUGUAAAUGCAUGGAAGUAUUGCUGCAAUGUAUUUGAUCUUCUGACUGUUGCAGCUUUAAUAGAUGAAAAAAUACUAUGUGUUCAUGGGGGUCUUAGUCCUGAAAUAAAAACUGUUGACCAAAUAAGAUGUCUAGAGAGAAAUCAAGAAAUACCACACAAGGGUGCCUUUUGUGACCUUGUUUGGUCUGAUCCAGAGGAGAUUGAAAAUUGGGCUACAAGUCCCCGUGGUGCUGGGUAUCUGUUUGGUGCUAAAGUAACUCAUGAUUUUAUGCAUAUAAAUUCUCUUACUUUGAUAUGCAGAGCACAUCAGUUGGUUCAUGAAGGAUACAAGUACAUGUUUGAUGACAAGCUGAUUACAAUAUGGUCAGCCCCAAAUUAUUGUUAUCGUUGUGGGAAUAUUGCCAGUAUUUUGGAGUUUCAAGCAGCAGACAAAGCUGAAGCCAAACUUUUUAAUGCAGUGCCUGAUUCAGACAGAGUCAUUCCAAAUAGAACAGUUACACCCUAUUUCCUUUAAUUUAACUUUUUUUUUAAUAUUAAAUAAAUUAUUCAAUCUCAAAUAAAAUAAUGAACUUAUAAUAGCUGUCUUUUCCUUGUUUUCUAUUAAAUAAACAUUUAAACUUAA